AUGACACUCUCUGGCCACCUCCUCGCCCAAUCCCUGCAACAGAUGGACACCUCGUUUGGGUCCACCGGCCUCCAGCCGCUCCAGACACCAACCCACACCAACGGAUACCGCAACAACAAUAACAACGGCAACAGCAGCUAUCGCGCGUCUCCAGCUCCAUACAACUCGGGUAUGGGCAUGGGCACGAUGGCAGGCAACGACGGCAGCCAGUGGGGAGCGCACCACGGCUCGCCGAUGCCGUGGAACAGCCAGUUUGGCGGUGGCGGACCGGGUCGCUUCACGCAGUGGUCCGAGGAGAGGGUGGCCACUAUGCAGGCCCGCCUGCAGCGUAAACUCGGACCAGAGUAUGUCAGUACUCGACCAGGUCCCGGUGGUGGCCCCAAGCUCAGCUACAUUGAAGGAUGGAAAGCUGUAAACCUCGCCAACGACGUGUUUGGCUUUAACGGAUGGUCCUCGUCAAUCGUCUCACUGAAGACAGACUUUAUGGACGUCAACGGCGAGGGACGCUGCAACGUCGGCAUCACCUGCGUUGUGCGCAUCACUCUGCAAGACGGCUGCUAUCACGAGGACAUUGGAUACGGACACUGCGAGAACAUGAAGGGCAAGGCGAAUGCGCUGGAAAAGGCUCAGAAGGAAGCAGUGACAGACGCCGUCAAGCGUGCCAUGAAGCACUUUGGCAAUGUCCUGGGUAACUGCCUGUACGACCGUGACUACACCAAGGAAGUGGGCAAGAUGCGUGUCCCAAUGGUCAAGCUCAAUGCCAACGACCUCGAGCGCAGGGCCGAGUUUGCUCCCCAGCCGGCCGCUGGCCCCUCUCGUGCAGCGGCGUCGGCUGUUCCUCAGCACGUCUCUGGAAACUCCAAACCCCCUCCUCCCGCUGUCCGCACUCCUACCCGCCCACCAUCCCCAGAACCGCCGCUGCGUUCCAUCAAUGACGAGUUUUCAUUCAUGGAAGGCGACAGCGAGUUUGCGUUCAUGGAAGAGGAGUCGUUCUUUGACGACAUGCAGGCGGUGGCGAUGGACGAGAAUAUCGAUCCUGCACCACCUGCACCACGCUCAAUGGCGACCGCUGCUGCCCCAGCAAGCGGUGCGCCAGCGUACCAGCACCGUCACCGCCCAGACAAGCCACUCCAACCUGCCCAGCAAGCGGCCCCAGCAAAGGUCCCGACCCCACCCAAGUCAUUAAACGAGUCGGCCAAGGGCGGCGAUGCCGAGGGCGGUGCGAGGAAGCAGGUGGGAGGAUUCGCGAAGCCAAAUGGGGGAUCAACCUCGGCCACUUCGUCUGCCUCGUCUGCUUCGUCGCGCCGACUGGCCGCAAUCAUGGCUGCCUCUGGUAACGGGGCGCCCGCGCCCGCACCCCGCGGUGCCGAGUCGCCUCCUAACCCAGCCAUCCCCGGAGGUGGUGUCAACGCUGUGGCCGCUCGCGCCGUCACCAACCUCAAGGUCCACGGCGCCAACCUCGAGAUCAACAGCAGCGACCAGCUCGACACCACGCCCGGCAAGUACUCUGCAUUCACCAGCGCGCGUGGUGUCAAGAGGGAAGGAAGUCAGUCCCCCAGCAAAGGCGGUCCCCUCCACGCCAAUGGCGCGCCGCGCGUUGCAUUGAGCGAGGAGACCAACACGACGGACUGGCAAGCCAAGCGUUCCCGCAUCAUGUAA